AAGUAGGUAAGAGAGAGUGAGAGAUACCAGAAAGGGAAAAGAAGAUAAAGAGAAAGAAAGAGGAAAAGAGAAAGAGAAAGAAAGAGGAAAAGAGAAAGAGAAAGAAAGAGGAAGAAGAGGAAGGAACCACAACCAUCAUCUUCAUCAUCUCAUCUUCAUCACCACCAACUUCAUCUUCUUCUACUACUAGGAAAGCAAUGGCAUGGAGAGGACAUCUUUCAAAAAACAUAAAAGAGAUUCGGUUUUUGAUGUGUCAGUCAUCACCUGCAAGCUUAUCCGAAAGGGCAGUUGUUGAAAAGAAUUACAAGCAGCUAAAGACAUUGAACCCGAAAUUGUCAAUAUUGAUCCGUGAAUGCAGUGGAGUUGAACCCCAAUUAUGGGCAAAAUAUGAUUUGGGCGUUGAAAAAGGCAUUAAACUGGAAGGUAUGACAGAGCCACAAAUUUCAAAGGUACUUGAAGAUAUGGUAAAAGCUGGAGAGGCUUUCAAAGCUUGAUAUUACUCAUUUUAUUCAUUGUCUGAAAUGGAAUAAAUGUUGCACUUGUUAUUCCAGUGUGGCUCUUCUUGGUCAUUUCAAGAGUGAACCUGUUUUGAGUUUAAUUUGAAGCUCUCGGUUGUGCACUGUGAGCACAUUUUACAUGACAAUUUAGAAGAAAUUGGUUA